UUCACCUCCUCGUACUGCCUUUAGGAACGAUAUGUAUAAAUCUAUUUAAAUACAUUUCUUACUUAUAUUUUCAUCCUUCUAUUUGAAGGAGAGAAUGGCUUUUCCAAAGGAGCUCCUUACUUUUAUUUUAUCUCUGACGGCACCGCUCUUUCUCUACACUGCAAACAACAUUUCUGCUUUGCAAAAUAGACCAUUGGUUAUACUGGGAGUGGAGGUAGCCCUUCUUGCUGCAGUGCUCUCUGUUGCAUAUCUAUGUGUACGGAAAGAAAAAUCGGUGGACUUCCUGUUUUAUGUAUUCAGUUUGUUUUCUUUCACCUCCAUCUCUGACCUUACGUGUGCUCUCGAGCUGGAUGGCUAUAUCAAAGGUUUUCUGGAUUUCUACAUUAACAAGGGUGAACCGUACUUGAGCACGGCGCAUUCCAUCAUGAAGAACUACUGGAACGGAGGGGUGCACUUUGUUUUACUCCUCGCCAUCAUCCAUCGCAUGCGGAAAGGGAAGCCAUAUCGGAGUUUGGCUCUGCUUUGGGCUGGCUCCAUGGUAGCCACUCAGAUCGUCUAUAUUCCAAGCAUUGCUAUAGGUAAACAUGCUAAGAACAUCUAUCCAGCAUUUUGGCUCAAUCUCUUUUUCCUGGUCCUGCCCAUAUGGACAGCGGUGAAACUUUUCAACAGGCCGAGAGAGCUGAUAGUCAUCCCAGCAGACACGGUUGAAGCAGAACAGAAGAAAAGUCUUCUGUUUCGUCCCAUAGACUUCCUGCUCACUCUUAGUGUGCUCGGUGCCAUGGCCUUCACCGUGUUCCGAGGAUUUGUUGUUCUUGAGUGCACACUGGACAUUUGUUUCACCUACAUUUACCAGUACGAGCCCUACAUGAAGGACAGUGUGGCCUUCCCUAAGGUCAUGAUGCUGGUGUUCCUCUUCUAUGCUUUGCCCCUGCUAACCCUGUUAGUCUAUGGUCUGACUGUCCCAGGAUGCACUUGGAUGCUGGAUUGGAGUUUAUUCCUUGCAGGAGCCAUAGCGCAGAUGCAGUGGACGUACAUCGGUGCGUCUGUGCACUCGAGGACACCCUUCACCUAUCGCAUCCCUAAAGAGGAAUGGAGGCUAGUCAUGACCCUUAACCUUGUGUACUUAGCUGUUCCUGUCCUGCUGGCUGUACGCUGCUACAUAGCCCCAGCAUUCUUCAUGAAGCCGGUUCCUCCUGGACAAACAGACAACGGCAAAAAGCACAAGUAGAUGCAUAAAGUCUUACGAACCUACAAAACUAAACACACAGGCGAGACAGAGAACUGAGACUCCUGGGAUCUGGAGCACCUGAUGGUGGACUUCUUCUCUUCUCUUGAAUGACCUUUGUCUCUGCCAUGUGGAAUGAAAUCAGCUCCACUGUUCUCGAGCUUAUCUCUGCUCAAUGAAUGAGUCAUGUCAUGCAAUCCAGACAGCAGAUCUGGACUCUGACACACACGUUCCUGCCUGCCAACACAACAUUGUCUGUAGAAUUACUUCAUACUGCGAGUCUUUGAGGCUCGAUUUCAAAGCAGCGUUUAUCUGCAAAGGUAUCUGCCAAGAUCUGACGGUUGAAUCCUCUGUUCCUAAUGAGCCAUUGUAAUGAACAAGAAAUGUGAUUGUCUCUCAAAGUGUUUUGUUAUCAGUAGACAGUUUUCUUUCUAAUUAAUUUUUGUUACGAUUUUUUUUUUUUACCAACAGUUUUUAUUUCGGAGGAUUUCUAUCAAACAGCUUGUUAUGAAGACGAAACUCAUUUACAUCUUGGGUAGUAAAAAAAAAACAAAAGAAGAAACAAAAUAGAGCCUUUUUUGAAAAAGAAGCACACCAGCAGCUCACGAUAUUGAGCUCACGUUCCUUGAUAUGAAUCUGUAAUCUUGUGAAAUGCACUGUUUAUUAUACUCAGGGACAGGGCGCAGGUUGCAAAAGAUGCUGUAAUAUGCCUGCUUUAUUGAUUAGAUUUGCUACACAUGUUCGUUCGGGCCGAACCCCUGCCGAUUUCUAAAUGACAUAAUGCAAGCCAGUGUUUCAGUGAUCCUACACCCGGCCUAGUGAACUCUAAUCCCACUGUCUCACCCAGAUAACUAGAAAAUGACAAGGGUUUUGCAACGUAGCUGUUAAUCAGAAAUCAGUGGUUUGUGACCUUUGGUAGACACAGUGACUAAUAAAGAUGUUUUGCCACCACUUUAUAUUAAGGAACAUGUAUAAAUGUGGAUAAUGGCAGCCAUGUUUUUGCUUUCCUGAAUUAAAAAUUGGUCAAACAUUUGCUUCAUAAAUAGAACAUUAACAAUAGAAGCACUAUAAAUUGUAAUAAUUCACAAUAAACAUUUUAUUAAACCCCUGUUAUAUAGUGUGCUUAAGGUAAUGGACUGUAAAUGACUGGGUUACUAAAUUUACUUUUUUAUUUUCUUUAAAUUGUCUUUGAAACAUAUUCAACAACAGCCAGUAUAUUAUUUUAAAGAAAAUAUUCAGAAUUUAUAUAAAAAUGCUAG